AUGAUCGUGUGUGCGCACACAGCUCUUAAGAAGCCCAGGAUUUUGGAUUUGGAUUGGAUUUUCCAGCAGGAUUUCGCUCCAGCUCACAAAGCCAGGUCACCUCAGCAGAUACUGCAAAAGAACAUUCCUGAGCUUUGGUCCGAACUGGAGAGGAUGGCAUGCCACAGAGCACUUCCUAUCUUGGAAAGCCUCAAACAAUCUCUGGUCCGAGCAGUUGAGCGCAUUCCUCAAGAAUUGCUGCGUGCUGCUAUUGAUGACUGGCCACAGAGAUUAAAUGCCUGACAGACGGACGGCCUAUUAGCUGAUUGGCUGUGGGGAGAUGGUGAGGAGGAGGGCGAAGGGGAUGUGAGGAGAAGGAAAGUCGAGGGCCCCAUUCGGCCACGCGACACUUAUAGGGUUGGUGCGAUAACUUCAAAAUGGCUAAUUCAAUCUGAAUUAAACGACACAAAAUUCAACCCCCAUUCAAGAAUGACCCCUAUAGUCGGAGGUCUUCCUUACAAAGUAUACGCCGGUCACGAGGGGGUAUUGACGGAGAAGAGAAAGCAGAGGAGGAUUCGAACCACUUUCACAUCGGCACAGCUGAAGGAGUUGGAACGAGCCUUCCAGGAGACCCACUACCCCGACAUAUACACCAGGGAAGAGAUCGCACUCAAAAUCGACCUCACCGAAGCCAGGGUCCAGGUCUGGUUUCAGAAUAGAAGAGCAAAAUUCAGGAAGCAGGAGAGAAUAGCUCAGCAAAAAUCGGAAGUCAAAAGCGAGGGUAAAGGAAAAGAAAAAUCUCAGUCACCUAGUAAGAUGGAAGCAGAUAAAUGGACGGGAAAAGAACCCUCGCCAGCUUUGGGGUCCUCCUUUUCGCUGCUGAGCACGACCCCUGGCUACCUCCUCGGACCGUCCCAUCCUCUCCACGGCAACAAGAUAUCGCCCGGCCUUGCUUCAAAUCUUUUCUGA